CAUCGUCGUCGUCGACGGCCUGCUGAGGCGACGGGCGCCAUGGCCGCCCUGGGCAGGCUGGGGCCCGCUCUCCGCGCCGGGGGCCGCCGCCUCCUGGCAGCCCGCGGCCGCCCGCCCGCCGCCGCCGCCGCCGGACCUCGCCACGCCGGAGGCGGCGUGCACAUCCCCCCGCAGUACCGGCAGUACCCGCAGCUGACCAAGUCGCAGGUGUUUCAGGCGGAGCUGUGGAGCGGCGUCAUGUGGUUCUGGAUCCUGUGGCGUUUCUGGCACGACUCGGACGCCGUGCUGGGACACUUCCCCUACCCGGAUGCUUCCCAGUGGACGGACGAGGAGCUGGGCAUCCCCCCGGAUGAUGAAGAUUAGGGUGGAUCCCUUCCGCUCCCCUCCCAGGGCCAGCAGCCGUCUCCAGGAGAAGCCGGUUCCUUGGCGGCGCAGACUCUGCCUCCGUCACCUUUCUGUUGUAUAUUAAAAGUUGGAAUCCCAGGC